UUUUUCCACCGCAGUAGCGGCACCAAAAAUGAAGAACGCAUGUCGAGCGAUCGCCUCACUGACUUCGACUAAUAUGCCGAUCUUCUGACCCAACCACCGUGCUUUCUGUACCACAUCAUCCUGCAUCAGUUUGAAACACAUAGCUAUGAGCGCCAUACCAAAGAGGAGGUAUAAUGCGCAUACCACCAAUUUCUCCUGCGAUCCUUCGUCCAAGGCUUGACCGGGCACGAUAUCACCGAAACCUAUGGUGCUGAUAUAAAUGCGAACACGAUACAGAUACCAACACUGACUGGCAUUUUCUCUUUAGAAUGGCCAUAACCCUGAAAACGACAGAGGACAUGAAAACCUAUCAAAAAAAUAUUCAAAAGCAAAGGUACCUGUCUCCUCAUAGAACGAAGUGACAUCUCGUCGGACCGUUCGGACCGGUCCGAUCUGUAGGAGCGACCAUCGAAUUCGCGUAACCUUCUGGACAGUGAACUGUCCAUACUGGGUUGUUUUGCUGGUCCGUGCGGAUAUCGUUCACCACGUCCAUCACGCGACUCUUCACGAACUACCUCACGGCCAACAUCUCGCGACAUAUCACUUUGCUCGCGUGGAUGUGUUGGUUUGCGGUCGAUUUCGUCGUCAUCCGAGAAGGACAACUGCACACUAGUCUCUUCGGUCCGUUCAACGUCGCUAUGCGCUUUGACCUCAUCGUCACGACUUCGUGAAAUCACCACAUUCGGCACAUUUGAUGUACCUUCAUCUGGUUUACGCCUUCUGAAGCAAAAUUGGUUUUGGUUUUACUUGAAGGAAAAUGUAAGUAAACGUGAAAUCACCACAUUCGGCACAUUUGAUGUACCUUCAUCUGGUUUACGUCUUCUAAAACGAAAAUUGAGAAGUCAGUUGGAUAUUUAG